AUGCGCGCGAUGAAGAGUGGCAUGUUACGCGUGCUGAUUCUUCUGAUUCCGGCAAUCUGUCAAGGACAACAAGGCCAAGGACUGCUCGGACAACUUCUCGGAGGACUUGGACGUGGAUGGGGAAACCAGGGGCCUGGAGGAGCACAGAAUCAAGGACCAGAUGGACCCCCUGAUCGUGGGCCAGGUGGUUGGGGGCCUGGAGGCCCUGGUGGAUGGCGGUCUGGAGGUCCUGGUGGAUGGGGCUCCGGAGGUCCUGGUGGAUGGGGCUCCGGAGGCCCUGGAGGCUGGUGGGGCGGUGGUAACCGAUGGGGGAAUCGAGAGCCACCUCCACAAUCACCAAACGAUGGACGAAUUCCACCGGGUGGCGAUGGAAUGGGACCCCUUGGGCAAACAUUAGGACAAAUAGUGCAAGGCGUCGGCCACAUGGCAGCAGAUAUUGCUAAUGGAAUAGCGGGAAGUGGCGGAGAGGACAUCAUCUCGAGUCUCCGAGGCUGGAGCCGUGGGCCUCCACCUCCUGAUCAUGUAUGGCAACGACGAGCACGGCGAUUUUGUAGACGAUUCCCUGGCCAUCCCAGAUGCAGAGGUGGAAAUAUUCCAAUGUUCUCCGAAAUUCAAACCAUCGUUCAGACUGUCAUUCGAGAAGGCGGUAAAUUCCUGCCUAAAGUACCGAAAUUAUUCAUUAGGGAUCCUCUACAGGGAAUCAGUCAAGACCUUGUUAGUGCUGCCAGAGAAUUCAUUCUUCAUAUCGGUGCAAUCAGCCCCGAAGCGGGUAACAUGAUCAAGAACGUUUGCCGAAACUUCAAGUGCAUGGAACAGAAGCAGGAACAGAUGGCUCUGAAGGAGACAGUCGUCAAGAAGUUAUUCGAUUUCGAGAAGACAGUCACAGGCAAGGAUAACACGGAGAACAUUAACCUUCGUCUUGAUAGGACUAUGCAGGUCAAGCAGGCUCUGCUUGAAAAAGCGAACCUUUCGAACGUGGUAACUGCAGCAGACAAUGGAGUAUUCGACAAAGAUGUUCUGCUUACUGAGAAGCAGGCCCACUUCCUCCUUAACGAAUUGGGCAAAGGUGGCGUCGGUUCGGAUGUACCUCCGCCUGGUAACGGCGCUAGCACCGCAAAAUUCAAGAGGGCUUCAGUGUUCUUCGAAGAAAAUCCAGUACAGAAGUGGGAUCUGCGAUCGCCAAUUCCAUACACUUUCGAUAGCUCGCUAGAAGAAUUCGACAAAAACGACGUGCGUAAUGCGUUGAAGGAAAUUGAAGAAAAAACAUGUGUACGCUUUAAAUAUGUUGCAUCGCCGUCUGGAUAUCAUAUAAAUUACCAGAAAGUCGAUAGUCCAACAUUUUGCGGUCUUUCAUACAUAGGGAGAACGGAACCGGCAAAUCCAAUUUACCUCAGCUUCCAGUGUGGCAACUCUCGUGGAGUUGCACUACACGAAACUCUUCAUGCACUUGGCCUGAACCACCAGCACUUGCGAAUGGAUAGGGAUCAACAUAUCAAAGUGGACUGGAGCAAUAUCAAUCCUCAACAUUUCGACUACUUUGCUGUUGCCGACUCUAAAAUGUUUACAACAUAUGGAAUAAAGUACGACUAUGGAAGUAUCAUGCAUUAUAGUGCUUACACGGGAGCUGUAAAUAUCGCUAAGCCGACAAUGAUCCCGAAAGUGAAUCCAUCCCAAAAUCUUGGUCUGUUAGGUCAACGGGAUGCAAUGAGCCCUGCAGAUGUAGAAAUUGUGAAGAAGAUGUACUGUAUACCAAAUUGCGAUGAUAGAAAUGUGUACUGCGGAGCGUGGGCACUGAAGGAACUGUGCAAUCAUCCAAAUCACAAAGGAUGGAUGAUAAAUAAUUGUCGGAAAAGUUGCAACUUCUGCACUUCUGGUUAA